CGACAACAUGUCUGGUCCUGAUCGGCGCCAAGCCAUGCAAGUCGCGACAACUGUAACGAUCGUCGUGGCCUUUGUGUUCGUGGCACUACGGAUGAUAAGCCGGAUAUCUAUCACGAGGCGUACAACCUUGGAUGACUACAUGAUGAUAAUCGCCUGGAUAAUUGCAUUUGGAGGUUCUCUUACUAUUCUACUUGCGGCACGAAAGGGGCUUGGCCUGAUGGAUGCAGAACUCAAACCAGAGUGGCUAUCGCCUUUGAAGAAAUUCGGGUAUAUCUAUAGUAUACUUUAUAACCUCGCCCUUAUGGCCACCAAGACGAGCAUCCUAAUAUUCUACCUACGCCUUUCGAGGACGAAUAAGCUGUUCUGGAUUGGAACGUACACAACAAUGGGAGUGGUAAAUGUGGUAGGACUGGUAUUGACAUUUGUCAAUAUUUUCCAGUGCCACCCUCUCGACAAGAUCUUCUCGGAGUCUUUUAUUGAUCCGUCACAGAAGUGUAUACCUUUGGUCACACUUUUUCUCGCCUCGUCGCCGUCUAAUGUUAUCACUGAUCUUGCAAUAUUGGUACUUCCAAUACCUGUUCUCACCGGCAUGCAUCUGCCUACGAGACAGAAGACAAUAUUAGUCUUAACGUUCGGACUCGGAAUAUUUGUCACCGUUGUGGACGUGAUCCGAAUCUAUUACCUCCAGCAAGCCCUAGGAAUUACAACUCCUAAUUCCAGCUCACCACAAGUAACGCCCGGACUUGGUGCAAGUCCCAACUUUGUAUUCAAUGUAUCAUACGGUCUAAUGUGGUCGAUUGUAGAGGUCAAUAUCGGCAUUAUAUGCGGUUGCAUCCCGCUACUGAAGCCAUUGAUAAGCAAGACAAUGCCGAAGCUCAUUAACCCUCCUGGGUUUCAUAGUAGCCAGAAAUCACCUAACAUCUCAGCGACCCUGACAAGGCCGGAGGAAAUGCCCACGCUUCCGCGUCCCGCCGCGCAGAACAAUAUAGAAGGGUUAACGCUCUUAAACUUCAGAAUGUCAGCAACCCCCUUGCCAGAAAUGUCAAUGACGCCAGCUCCGAACCUUGGGACACCUAUUCUACAGAAUUCACAUCGAACAUCAGUAUCACCCAUCGGCGGAAUGGGCGAGGCGCCCUCGCAGUUGGCCUCACGACGAGUCUCUUUUUCACCAGUCCAGGAAGGCGGAUCAUUCUUGCAGCAACCAUCCCAAGAGCCCUCAUUGGAGCCCUCGCAGGAAACCCUUAUUUUACCCGCCCUAGAGAGCAGUACACCCAUAGAGCAAACCGAGACUUCAACUUCACUUUCAGCUGAGCAUGAGAGUUACUCUCCCAGGCGAAGGUUCCCGCAACAAACAGCGCUUUCACAGCAGAAUGAUGCCGAAGACCAAGUACAGAACCAUGCACAGCCAGCACAGGAAGGAUUUCUCUCGCCGGAACAACAGCAACACCAAGAAAUGGACAUGCUCAACUCUCUCACCUCGCCUGGGAUGGCCAACCCUCCACGAAGUGGAUCCAGUCCUGACCAACCUAACGAACUCCAUUUUGGCUUUGUAAAAAUCUGCCAGCCAAGAUCUAUGCUGCGCACUUCUGUAAAAGACUCGUGGAAAUACUGUUCUUGGAUCUCAGCUUCCUUCUUCCUAUUAGGAUUUUCUUAUGGGCUACUCAACACGCUCAACGUCCAAAUAUCUGUGGUUGCACGUUAUACGCAAGCACUGACCGUAUCUCUGCACACGAUGUAUUUUGCCGGAUAUUUCUUCGGCCCCCUAACGGUUGGGUUGUACUGCCUGAAAAAGGGUGGGUUUAAGGUGACAUUCAUGGUCGGUCUUUGCAUCUUUGGAACUGGGACUCUCAUUUUCUGGCCUUCCUCCAUCCUUAUUACUUAUCCGGGCUUCAUCAUUUCCAAUUUCAUCAUUGGAUUUGGCUUGUCGGUUUUCGAGACCGUCGCAAACCCCUUUGUCAUCCUCUGCGGCCCGCCACGCUACGGCGAGUCUCGCCUUCUAGCAGUUCAAUUCGUUCGGAGUAUUGGUGCCAUUGUCAGCGAGCUCCUCGUUGAGAAGGCAUUUUCCCCCUCUAAUGAAGUUCACAAUAACAUCCAUAAUAUACGAUGGACAUAUCUAGCUAUUUCCUUUAUCACAGUCAUCGUCGCCCUUGUUUUUCACUACAUGCCACUACCGGAGGCGAGCGAUGAGGGCCUCCAAAACUCUCUGCAGACCCGGCUUUUACCACUUAACCGCACUGUUAACGACGAUCCUGGUAAUCGCAUUUUUGGCUGUCGAGUUGUCUAUGUAAGCCUCACCUUGGCCUGCUUCGCCAUGUUCAGCUAUAUGUUCAACCAGGAGGGUUUCAAUGUUUGGUUUAACAGCUCGUUCCUUUCCGCCAUCCCCGGAAGAAACGGCGCGCACCGGCGCCAGUUACUAUCCCCAAAUUUUGUUCUCAUUGGACAUUGCGCAUUCUCGGGGUCGUUGCUAUUGGCCGCGGUAUUGUGUCUCUAUGUUCGGCCGCGCUUCAUCCUACUUGGGGCCUUCUUAAGCUCUGCAGCAAUUAAGUUGUGGUUCACUCUGAUUCCAUCAGAGCUGGAGAAGGAUAACAGUGCGAAGAUUGCGGGACUGGCCAUCGCAGAAUAUUUCUGUGAGGGCCCCGUGUAUGCAAUUAUUUUGGGGCUGGCGCUGAGGGGCCUCGGCGCGAAAACAAAGCUCGGUGCUGCAUUGGUUAUCACUAUGAACGUAGGAGGAGCGGCGGGACCGUGGGUCGUUCUCGGGAUUACUAAGGGGAUGAAGGAUACUAGGAGGCUAUUUAUUGCUGGGGUUGUUUUAUUGUUCACUGCAACACUUUAUCCGCUGUAUCUGUGUGUGGUGCCGAAGGCUAGGGAUAUUGUGGAUUGGCAUGAUGACGGCGUUGGAGAAAGUGAGAGGCGGAGGAGCCAGUCCGACUCGAUAGCGGCGGUGGAGGGGCAUGGGAUGCAUUGGCCUGUUCUUGUGGAGAAAGAGUUCGCGCAUAUUAAGAGAGCGAGUGCUACGAGCGGGAAGGCAGUGAGCAAGUGGGCUGGCAGUGUUAGGGACUGGACGAGAAGAGUCAGCGGGUUGGGGAAGGAGGCUGUCCCGCGAGAGUUUGCGUGA